AUGAUAUCUGAACAUAACUCCCAAACGUUUGAAAAUUACCAAAAACACUCACAAGUUAAGGGGACACCUAUCAAGACGAACUCGCAUAUCCAAGAUCAAGAAAUAUACUCAUUUAUAGAAACCAGAGUGAGAGAGGUAUGCCCUCAUGAAAUCGAAAAGCUGCAAGUUCAUCGUAUGCAACAGGGGCACCCAACGAUUGAUUUCUGUAAAAUAUCUGUUCGGAGAGGCAAAUAUUGCCUAGAUUUUUCUAUUACUUGAGGACGGCUAAAAAUUUCUAGGUGACCGUUCCAUACAUGUACAAUUUUCGAAGCAUAUCUAAUAAAUUCCCUACGAUUUUCUGAAGUUUAAUUCUUCACAUUUCACUCCCCAGGUUAAGCUAGAUAUCGUAGAAAAAAGGAAACCUAACCAUGCUAACAUUUUCGAAUUCGAAACGCGAUGGAGAGAGGAAUUGAAGAAAAAUUGUAAUGUUCAUAAGGCUUUAAAUUACAUAUAAAAUUUUGGGGAAAAUAUCGCUGAAGCCCUUGUAAUUUCGAGAAGACUCAAGUUGCCCUAGGAUGACCGAACAGAUAACAAUUUUUUAGCAAUCCUUAUCGAUGAAAACAAAAGCUUGAUGACCGCAAUUAGACUGUUAAACAAUGAAUUGCAAACUGUAUUGAAAGCGGACGGCGUGAGAUGUUCUCGGCCCAAUGAGCGUCCAGAGAAGAAAGAAUGGCUACUCGUUGGCGCUAAAAAGAAAAAAGAAAAAACCAAAACAAAGGAAACAGAGAAAGACGACCCAAUGAUAAUGACCCAAGUGACA